UGCUCGGCCCCAGAGGGUAACUUCCUGCGCAGCUCCGGGCUGAGCCCUGACUCCAUCGACUGGAGGAAGAAGGGAAACUUUGUCACACCCGUGAAGAACCAGGGCCCUUGUGGGAGCUGCUGGACCUUCUCCACCACAGGAUGUUUGGAGUCUGCUAUUGCUAUUGCCACAGGAAAGCUUCUCUCUCUGGCGGAGCAGCAGCUGGUUGACUGCGCCCAGGCGUUCAACAACCACGGCUGCAGUGGGGGGCUGCCAAGCCAGGCCUUUGAGUACAUCCUGUACAACAAGGGGCUGAUGGGGGAGGACAGCUACCCGUACCGGGCCCAGAAUGGGACCUGCAAGUUCCAGCCGGAGAAGGCGGUUGCGUUUGUCAAGGAUGUGAUCAAUAUCACCCAGUACGACGAGGAUGGCAUGGUGGAGGCUGUGGGGAAGCACAACCCAGUGAGCUUUGCCUUUGAGGUGACCCCUAACUUCAUGCACUACAGGAAAGGAGUCUACUCAAACCCCCGCUGUGAGCACACCCCUGACAAGGUGAACCACGCUGUCCUGGCCGUGGGCUACGGGGAAGAAGGUGGAAUUCCCUACUGGAUCGUGAAGAACUCAUGGGGCCGGCUCUGGGGCAUGGACGGGUACUUCCUAAUCGAACGUGGCAAGAACAUGUGUGGUCUUGCUGCCUGUGCGUCCUACCCGGUGCCUCAGGUGUGA